CGGUCUACCAAAGGGGUUCCAAGUUCAACGGUGGUUGGGUGUGGGUAUUUUAAGCGGGCUGGCCGAUGCCCCCUUCUCUCUCCCUUUGUCUUCCUCGUUUCGAUCCACUCGGAGGACACCUAAUCUGGUUCCACGCCUCUUAGCAAGUGGCUGUGCAGCUCCGAGACUCUCUUGCACGGCCUUUCCUUUCAUCCCUCUUUCUAUUUCCCACUUUUUACUUCACUUCACCGCUUUAGGUGUCUGCGUUCUUCCCAUUUCUUGAUCUUCCUUUCAUCGCCAUUCUUGGGCUCUUCUCUUUCUUGAAAUUCGUAUUUUCCGUUUCUGUUCAUUCUUUUUGUAGGUUUUUGGGCAUCUGGGUUCAUCGAUUUCUUCUGGGUUUUCUGUAUUCGUCUGUUUUUUUUGUGUUCUAUCUCUAGGGUUUUGAAUUUUUCAUUUCAGAAUGUUCUAAUCUUUUUUUGUUCCCCGCUUUUCUUUCUCUUGUAAUUCGAAAUUUGAAAUUGGUUUCUGGGUUUUGUUUAUUUCGCUCUGUUUUUCACUAUUUUACUUUGAGGAUUUUGAGUUCUAAGGCGAUGUCACAAGGCUUUGCGAUCGAGCUCUAUUUCGAUCCGGCGCUUGAAAAUCAAGUUCUCAAGGCUUGGAAUGUACUGGCUCGCCGUCAAAUUAGUACCCAACUCAUUGAAAUUGAAUCACGCCCUCACAUUACCCUCUUCUCCAGCCCUUUUCUUGAACCCACAAAAGUGGAAUCCAUCGUUAAAAAUUUCGCUUCUAAACAGGAACCCUUGCCAUUGUCCUUAUCGUCAAUUGGUAGCCUUCCCAGUGACAACAACGUUCUAUUUCUUGGUCCAGCACCUUCGAUUUCACUCCUCCAAUUCCAGUCCCAAUUGUGCGAAGCAAUGAGGAAAGAAGGAAUUGAAAUCGGGGAGGAAUAUCGUCCGGGCUCGUGGAUUCCCCAUUGCUCUGUUGCUCAGGAGGUGCCCAGGGCUCGAAUGGCUGAGGCAUUUUGUGUUCUAAGGGAUUUGAAGCUACCAGUUUCCGGGUACGCAAUUGAUAUUGGGUUGGUGGAAUUUUCCCCUGUUCGGGAGCUGUUCUCUUUUGUUCUUGGUAACACUGUCGAAGCUUGAAGCUUUGACGCCAAUAUUGUGCUUUAAUCUGAUAGCUCUUCCCUAUGAACUUGUAUAACCUUCAAUUGAUUCUAGCUGUUUUAGAGGUCCCAUUUAAACGCUAGAGCAUUUCAAAUAAGGAUGCAUUUUGUAUUUUGUGUUAUGAAUUUCAUCUUUUCUUCAUUAUCUUCAUAUUAAGGUUGAAUCU